AUGGUCAUGCAGAGCUCAGGUGGCUAUUCUGCUUUCUUUUCUUCAGGCUACCGUGCCAUCCGUGCACCCGGGACAGGAGAACCCCUUGCCAACAAGCCUUUUCCCCAUCCUUUCCUCGAGUAUGCCAUCUGCCAGGAUUGUGAAUGUACCAAUCCCUUGCGGCCACUUCCCGAAGUCUCUAGAAAGCGUCGUAACUCGGUGAUCAGGUUUUUUGAUAAGGUGGCAUCGAACGCCACCGAUGUGAAGGAGAGGCGGCGCCGAUCUUUUGUCGAUUUCGACCUAUGGACGAGGGUUGGGCUUCAGAGAUCGACUUCACGAAAUUCAUGUGCUGAAAAAUCCCCACUUCAGCCACAGACAAUCGACCCGUUCAGCUCAUCGCCAGAGUCAAAGUCGUUUUUUAUUGAACUCGCAGACUCUCCCAUCCAUAUCAAGAGUCCAUCCUCUUUUAGUCGUUCGAAACGAAACACUCUUCUCUUCUCACCGUCGUCUACCACUCGCGAUAGCUCCUUCACUAAGCGAGAAAGAGAAAGACCGACCUCAGUCCAUACAUUACCCACAUGCCGCCCUACCGACCCUCGUCGCCGACAUUCGUCCAUCUACUCAGUGCCCUCUUCUUACCUGGGUAAAAUGGAGAGGGAACUAGACCUGGGCUCGAGUGUCGAAAAAGACCUUUCACUCCCGCUGCCAGAGGAAUCGGAAUGGAGUGACCCUGGUGAGCUGGACUGGCGGCAGUUUCAUUUCGAAUUGUUAGAUGGAUUUUGA